CUCCGCCCGGGCCAAGGAGCACCAUGCUGCGAUUACCUGCUGUCCGCAAGGCCUUGAAUGGUGUCACUCAGACUACUAAAGGAUGUGUGCGCUCAACAGCUACAGCUGCCAGCAACCUCAUAGAGGUAUUUGUCGACGGGCAACCCAUUAUGGUACCUCCAGGAACCACGGUGCUUCAGGCUUGCGAAAAGGUUGGAAUGCAGAUUCCUCGCUUUUGCUAUCACGACAGACUGUCUGUGGCUGGAAAUUGUAGGAUGUGCCUUGUGGAGAUAGAAAAAGCACCCAAGCCAGUAGCUGCUUGUGCCAUGCCAGUGAUGAAGGGCUGGAAUAUCCUGACAAAUUCCGAGAAGUCCCGGAAAGCGAGAGAGGGUGUCAUGGAAUUCUUGUUGGCCAAUCAUCCACUGGACUGUCCCAUCUGCGACCAAGGAGGGGAGUGUGACCUGCAGGAUCAGUCGAUGAUGUUUGGCAGCGAUAGGAGCAGAUUUCUGGAAGGAAAGCGUGCUGUGGAAGACAAGAAUAUUGGUCCUCUGGUGAAAACUAUCAUGACUCGUUGCAUACAGUGCACUCGAUGUAUCAGGUUUGCAAACGAGAUUGCAGGGGUUGAUGAUCUGGGAACUACAGGAAGAGGAAAUGAAAUGCAAGUGGGUACUUACAUUGAGAAAAUGUUCAUGUCUGAAUUGUCCGGCAACGUGAUUGACAUCUGCCCAGUAGGCGCCCUUACCUCCAAGCCAUAUGCUUUUACUGCUCGUCCCUGGGAAACAAGGAAGACGGAGUCCAUUGAUGUUCUUGAUGCAGUAGGGAGUAAUAUUGUAGUGAGCACUAGAACUGGAGAGGUGAUGAGAAUUUUGCCCAGAUUGCACGAAGAUAUCAAUGAGGAAUGGAUAUCCGAUAAAACAAGAUUUGCUUAUGAUGGUCUGAAACGUCAGCGCCUUAUUGAGCCAAUGGUCAGAAACGAAGACGGCCUUUUCGCUUAUGUAUCUUGGGAAGAUGCCUUGACUCGUGUGGCUGGAGUGCUUCAAGGUUCCCAAGGCAAUGAGGUAGCUGCCAUUGCUGGCGGGCUGGUGGAUGCAGAAGCGCUCAUGGCUCUCAAAGACUUGAUGAACAGAGUGAACUCUGACAACCUGUGCACUGAGGAAGUUUUCCCCACUGCAGGAGCCGGAACAGAUCUACGAUCUAACUACCUUCUCAACACCACGAUUGCCGGAGUGGAAGAGGCCGACGUCCUGCUUCUGGUUGGCACCAAUCCUCGCUUUGAGGCGCCGCUGUUCAAUGCCAGAAUUCGAAAGAGCUGGCUGCACAAUGAGCUCCAAGUAGCCCUUGUGGGCAGUCCGGUCGACUUGACUUACUCGUAUGACCAUCUGGGAGAUUCCCCACAGCUACUCCUGGACAUUGCUUCGGAAAAGCAUCCAUUCAGCAAGAUCCUAAAUCAGGCUAAAAAGCCAAUGGUGGUGGUCGGAAGCGCAGUACUUCAGCGGGGGGACGGAGCAGCUAUCCAUUCAAUCAUUUCCGCCAUCGCGCAAAACGCAAAGACAAAAAGUGGUGCUGGCACCGAGUGGAAAGUCCUGAACAUCCUGCAUAGGGUUGCCAGCCAAGUAGCUGCUCUGGACCUCGGUUACAAACCAGGGGUGGAUGCAAUCCGGAAGAACCCUCCCAAAAUACUGUACCUCUUAGGGGCUGAUGCAGGUUGCAUGACUCGUCAGGAUUUGCCCAAGAAUUGCUUUAUUAUCUAUCAGGGGCACCAUGGCGACGUUGGAGCCCCUAUGGCGGAUGUUGUUCUCCCAGGAGCGGCUUACACCGAAAAAGCCGCCACCUAUGUAAACAUCGAGGGCAGAGCUCAGCAGACUCGAGUUGCAGUAACGCCGCCUGGCAUGGCAAGGGAGGACUGGAGAAUUAUCAGAGCAAUCUCUGAGUUGGCUGGCAUGACCCUCCCCUACGACAGCCUCAAUGAAGUAAGGAGCAGAUUAGAAGAGGUCUCUCCAAAUUUGGUCCGAUAUGAUGACGUGGAGGGAGCCAACUACUUCAGCCAGGCAAAUGAGCUGUCCAAGAUGGUGAAUCAGAAGCUUCUUACCGAUCCUCUUGUUCCACCCCAGCUCACAGUUAAAGACUUCUAUAUGACAGAUCCUAUCAGCAGAGCGUCACAGACCAUGGCUAAAUGUGUGAAAGCCGUUACAGAGGGGGCUAAGGCAAUUGAAGAGCCGUCCAUCUGCUAAGGAAUGAAGACGUUGAAGUCCGUCAGGCACU